AUGCCACACUUCUCAUAUAAAUAUCCAAGCUGCUCUAAGUUCUAAACACAACACCAUCAUCUCAACUCAACACACAAACAAACAAAACAAACUUGAGUGUGUUGAAGAGUAGAAGAUUUUUCGCAAUGGGUGCAGGUGGGCGCAUGUCUGAGCCUUCGAGUACCAAGAAAACUCAGGCAGAAGCACUUCGACGCGCUCCUCAUGAGAAACCUCCUUUCACUAUAGGUGACCUUAAAAAGGCCAUUCCUGCCCAUUGCUUCGAAAAAUCAUUGAUCACUUCGUUUCGUUACCUCAUCCAAGACCUCAUCAUGGCCUAUGCGCUUUACUAUGUUGCCACCAACUAUAUCGAUCAGUACUUGCCCCAUCCUCUGAAUUACUUGGGCUGGGCAGCCUACAUUGCUGUCCAGGGCUGUGUACUGACCGGGGCUUGGGUCGUAGGCCAUGAAUGUGAUCACGACGCCUUCAGUGACUACGGCUGGGUUAAUGACCUUGUUGGCCUGAUUGUCCACUCUUCUCUCAUGGUCCCUUAUUUCUCCUGGAAAAUCAGCCACAGGCGCCACCACGCCAACACUCAAUCCCUUGAGAACGACGAGGUUUAUGUCCCGCGGUUCAAGUCCAACAUCAGGAACUACUACAAGAUUUUCAACAACCCCCCUGGCCGAGUCCUCGUCUGGGCCACCACACUCCUCAUAGGCUUCCCUUUAUACUUAAUGUUCAACGUCUCGGGCCACAAGUACGAGAGGUGGACUUCACACUACGAUCCCCACAGCCCUCUCUACACAGAACGCGAACGCAAACAGAUCAUUGUUUCUGACGUCGCCAUUCUUGCUGUCAUCUAUGGCCUAUACCGUCUCGUACUACUCAAAGGAUUCGCCUGGGUGUUCUGUGUCUACGGAGGCCCAUUGCUCGUUGUCAACGGAUGGUUCACAUUGAUCACAAUCCUCAACCACACUCACCCUUCGGUUCCUUACUACGACUCAACUGAAUGGGAUUGGUUGAGGGGAGCUCUCUGCACCGUCGACAGGGACUAUGGAAUUCUGAACAAGGUGUUCCAUAACGUCUGCAAUGCUCAUGUCUGUCACCACAUUUUCUCCAUGAUCCCACAUUACCACGGGCUAGAAGCCACCGAGGCCAUGAAGCCGCUCCUUGGGGAUUACUACCAGUACGACGGGACACCGAUUCUAAAGGCCAUGUACCGCGAAAUGAAGGAAUGUAUAUACGUGGAGAAAGAUGAGGGCGAGACUAAAGGAGUCUACUGGUACCGAAAGGAUAUCUAGUUUAUUUGUUUUUUCCUAAAAAUUUCUGGUAAUUUCAGAUGGUUUCAAUGUUAAUGUUGUAAGUUCAGAAAAAGGAAUUGGAAAGCAUGACUCCUCUCCUUUUGUGAUGAAUAGAAUCAUAAAUUUCAGGCAUAUACAAUUUCAUUCA